GGAAACAGCAAGAUUGAGUCAGAUUCCUUUGCAUGGAAGACAUAGACAAAUGGAGCUAGAUAUCACCACAGAUGAUCUGCCAUUGAUGGCCAACACUAACCACAUGUUGGUAAAACAUUAUGUUUUAGACCUGGAUGUGGAUUUUAGAAACCACAUUGUAGAAGGCACCAUAGUUAUUUUCCUUGAGCCUGUCAGAACACAUGGAAAAGGAGAGAGUGAGCAGAUGGAAGGAGCCAGUCCUUCUUGGUCUGAGGAAGCUUGCCGCGUGUCGACAUCCGAAGCCUGCUCGGUCGGCGUGCCAGAUGCAAGUGCUCGCACAACUAAAAGUGGAUGUAAUGAUUUUGCUGUCUGUGGUAAAGGUGAAAACGAUACUUCUGAUAAAAACGGUAGUCAUGGCAACAGGGAACAGGCUUCUGGGAUUUCUAGUUCAAAGAACUGCUGUGACAUUGAGAUUCAUGGGAGUGAAGAUUUCUUGCUGGUCCUGGACUGCUGUGAUUUAUGUGUGUUAAAGGUCGAGGAGGUGGAUGUUGCUGUUGUUCCAGGCAUCGAGACAUGUACAAGCUCUGCCAAGUUAAUGGAUGCUGCUAAGGACCCUAGAAAUCUUCGGAAUCAAAUUGUGCACGAACUUGUGACAUUACCAACAAAUAAUUGGAGAGAGCAGCUUCAGCGAUACAAUCAUUGCAGCCAGGCACCUGCUUGUGGUGAGCUUCUGUUUACGACAGACACUUGGAGCUUGGAAAUCAGGAAAGCAGGGAUCAAACUGCCAAAGGACUUCCCUCGUGCUAUAAGAUUAUGGUAUAAAACAAAGCCAGAAGGACAAUCACUUAGCUGGACUACAGAUCAAAGUGACAGACCAUGUGUUUAUACAGUGGGAUCUCCAAUAAACAACAGGGCCCUUUUUCCAUGCCAAGAACCGCCUGUUGCCAUGUCAACAUGGCAAGCUACAGUCCGAGCAGAUGCAUGCUUUGUUGUUCUAAUGAGUGGUGAGAAUGUAGCGGAACCAGCAAAAUCUGAAAAAGGUGUGUUAAGCUGGUUUUAUUAUGUGACAAUGCCAAUGCCAGCAUCCACCUUUGCUAUUGCUGUUGGAUGUUGGGCAGAAGUUAAAAGAAAAAGUUAUGAAACUGAUGUUCUGAAGAAUGAUGGGCUGUCUUCAAAAGGGGAUGUCAGGUUAUUAGAAAAGGCUUGUGGUCAUACACCAUAUCCUUGUCGCUUCCAAGAUCCUAUCACCUCUGCUCAGGUUAUUAUUCCUCAUCGCAUCUUUGCUCCUUUGUGCCUUAAGGACUCCUGCAAAAAAAAAUUACUCCACCUGCUUCCUCAGUGUCUCUCUGCGGCGUAUGAUCUGCUGGGUACGCAUCCCUUCUCCCGGCUUGAUGUUUUGAUAGUUCCAUUGAACUUUUCCAGUCUUGGAAUGGCAAGCCCACAUAUCAUCUUCCUGUCACAGAGCACAUUAUCUGGAGAAAGCAACCUCUGCGGAACACGACUGUGCCAUGAAAUUGCUCAUGCCUGGUUUGGUUUGGCCAUAGGGGCACGUGACUGGACAGAAGAAUGGCUUAGUGAAGGAUUUGCUACUCACUUAGAAGAUGCAAUUUGGUCAGCAGCACAAAAGGUACUUCCAAGGUAUUUCUCCAACCUCUCUACUCUUCCUGGUGUUGCCAUUUGACAUCACUAUCAUCACCACUCCUAUCUUCUGGUCCUUGUCUAUUAUCACAAUGUCAAGAGAGAUGUGCAAUAUUAGUAUCCUUUAUCAUCAUGUGUUGACCUCACCAUUUAAACUAUGAUUUGUAGCAUAAUCAACCGGAAUGUUCACUCCCAUUUCUCUUUGUAUUAGUGGGUCAAUAGAUUAAAAAGAAAAUGAUGUAUGAAGCCUGUACCCAAAAUUAUAGUUCAUUACACUCAAACCAAAAUCAUUGGGCAUCUUUGACCAGGGUUAAUUAUUGUGCAAUAAACAUUGACUCCUAAUUGCAAUGUUUCAUGAAACUUCUUUUCCUGUUUGAUUUUCCGCUUGAUGAAGAAGCAAAUGUUCACCUGGAAUGUUCAGAUCACUUAUUGCUCACCAACAUUCUAGUUAACUCGAACAAAAUAAAUGACUUAAGCCAUUCCUGUCAUCAUGCAAGAUUCCUGAUUCUAACUGUUAGGAAGAGGUGGGGAAUGGUAUCUAUUUGGAAAUAUCCUAGUUGAUAGCUGUCCUAAAUUCCAUGUAAUUAUAUGUUUUUAACUAUUUUAAGGUCAGGUUUGUUUAAUUUCCAUCAGUGGGAAAUGUUUUAUUUGAUUCUUUAAUGGGACCAAAAAUGUGAGAUUUUCAAGAGCACUGUAUUUAUUCUUUCUUUUAUAUCUAACGUUGAUAAUUUAGUUCUUACGAACUAAUUUAAUCAUAUACAUAUAUCUUUGUGGAUGGAGAAUAAAUAAGGCAUGAAAAUUCUUUACCGCAAGUGGAAAAUCAUUUGUUCACUUAUAAGCUGACUAAUUGGCCUACGACUAAUUGUUAGAUAAUACAAUAAAUAUUCUUGUGGGUUGUGGGACAAAAAAUUAAAGCUUUUGAAUGAAUCAUCCACAUCUUCUGGUUUUCAAGGCUACAAUGAAUAAUAAAAACAAUUAUACUGAAAUGCUGUGCUAGGUCUUGAAUACAUAAUUAACAUUUUUUUAGUCCUCAAAGAAAAGCUAUCCCCCUUUAGAAAUAUUUUUACCAGGCUAUUAAUUUUAACAUUUACAUUGCAGCUCUUAAUUUUUGGUUGUAUAAGAAUUAAAACUCCCCAAAAUAUUUUGGAUUUUUCUAAAUAUUGUGAUAAAACUAUACAGUCAUGACAUUGCAAGGAACCAUCAAGUGCAAUCCACUAUCCAAUGGAGAAAACUAUAUUAAAGCAUCUGCUUGCAUCCAGCUAAGGAAUUGCCUGCCUGAGUAAUUAGUUUCACUGUCAAAUUGCUCUUACUGUUAGGAUCCUUCAUAAUCUUCUUUCCUUAAACACAUUACUCUGUGUGCUGCACUCUGCAAGGAUAGAGAACAAACCCUGAUCUUUUUCUGUAUGAAAGACAGCUGUCAUAUCCUUCUGUGCCUUAAUAUUCUCUGAUUGCUCUAUUGCUCUUUGUAGGAUUUAGUUUUUAAUGCCCUGAUCCUCAUUGCUGUCCUCUGAACUGUUCCAGUUGUCCGAAUCCUUCUCUAGCAUUAAAUCCAAUCUUUGAGCUGGGUUGUGAUCAGAGGUGGGUUUCACAUUCUUAUACCACUAGUUCGCUGCGCACUAAAACACUGAGUGUGUGUGCAUGCAUAUGCUUGCUUCAUGAACAUGCGCACCUUCUGUACCUUUGCUUUGCUCAUGCACGCAGCUUGAACCCAUGCACGCAGCUUGAAACGUGGCUAAGUAGGACGGCGUAGAGUGGGGGCAGGUGGACGGGCCCACGUGCAGGUUGCCACUACCGAUUCGCCUGAACCGGUCCAAACCGGCUGAAU